AUGUCCAAAUCCAGAGAAGAACUCAUUGCCCAAUACCAAACUGAAAAUUUCGAACUUUAUUCCUUGGAAAUCAAAGUCGAAGGUUUUGACGAAGGUCUCAGGUUUUCCCAAGAUAUGGAAAACAUGCCUCAAGAACUCCACUUCUCUAUCCCAGAAUACUCGACAUACACCGUCACCAUUCAAUACAGAGUCAAGAAUGCUCCGAUCAAAAAGUUAAAUUACUAUGAAGUCGUUAAGAAGGGGGGUAUCCCACUCAAGACCCGUAAGCAAUUCGUCUCCGAAGAAGCUCAGCCUACCGAAGAGUUCCAAACUGUCACCUUCCCUCCUGACAAGAUUCCAGGUGGUAUGUUACUCAGAGGUACUUACCCUGCCACUUCAACCUUUUACGAAGAUGGCAAGGAAAUCAUCACCUGUCCAUUCAGCUUGGCAAUCGUUAAGAAGGGUGUUACUCCAUCUAUUAAGGCAUAG